CGCCGGCUUCCAACAGUCAGUCUCGCGCGGACCGCACGCCGCUUAUCAAUUGAUAACAAGUGAAAAUUUUCAGUCCUAUACCGAUAGUCGUAUAGCGAACACCGAGGAGUAAACAGUGUUUCGAAAAUGACACGGAACAAUCUAGAAGUCGGAAUGAAGUGUAUAAAAUAUAUGCUGUUGUGCAUAACAGCUAUAUUUGUGCUCACCUCCGCGUUAAUAAUCUCAGUGGGUACAACGAUCUACGCCAUCUACCACGAUGUCUCCUUCUUCCUGGAGGACCACUUCUUCUCGCCGGCCACCUUCGUCAUCGUCAUUGGUGUCAUCAUGCUGUUCGUCUCUCUAUUUGGAUGCAUCGGAGCCCUGAAGGAGAGCACCUGCUUGGUCAACAUUUUUGCAGUCAUCCUCAGUCUGGUGUUCGUCCUGGAGAUAGCAGCCGCCAUCGCAGCGUACAGCCUCCGCGGUCAGGUUACAGACAUGCUGGACGAGAAGCUGAGGGUCACACUGCCCUUCUACUACGAGAACGACGAGGUCCACGACGCCUUCGACUUCAUCCAGAGCAGGCUGAACUGCUGUGGCGUGGACAGUUACAUGGACUGGAGCGUGGUGCCCCCUCCCCCUGGCGUCUCCGGCAUCUCCAUCAGCAACAUCACCGUCCCCAACUCCUGCUGCGCUGAAUCCCGUUACAACACCAUCGGCGAUGUCGAGAUCGAUGAAUGUACUAAGUUGUACGCUAACGGCUGUCUCCCAAGAGUCUACUACUUGGUGUACCAGAGUGCUGGUCUCCUCGGCGCUGGAGCCAUGACCAUUGCUUUCAUUCAGAUAAUUGGCAUUGUGUUUUCAUUCUCGCUGGCCAGUUCAAUCCGUAAGGCCAAGUCUGAGCGCGAACGCAGGCGGUGGGAGAUCCAGGAACGCAUGAUCAAUGCCUACACGUCCCUCAACCCGAACCAAGAGAAACAAGCCCCAGUUGUCUAUGUCCCCUUCCACGGACAAACCACAGCAUAGGGCUGAAUGGCCAAUGCCUUGGCCCUGCAAAUGUCAAACGAAAUUUUUCUACAUGUAAUGACAGGUUAUAAACAAUUUCAAUAACAUAUCAAUUUUAGACAGAAAUACGUUACAUUUGCAGGAUCAGGAUUAAAUUUCGUUGUUUCUAGGAAUUUAUCGUAAGAAUUUUAACCAAAAACUCUUUUGGGAUAACAAUGCCUUCAUGAGCGCCAUUUUUAUUUUUAGCGCCAAAAAUAUCGAUUUAUGAUUAAGGAUAGAUAGUGUCAACCGAUUAUAAAAUAAGUUUUCUUAAAGAAUAAUUGAUUGCCUUUGUAAUAUAUAUUUUUACUUGCGUCCUUUCACUUGUUCGGCGAAUUUCCUUGUUACCUGUCCAAAAGUUGUUAAUGUUUUUUUCCUUCUUUUUUAUCAAGCAUAAGUCUAGCGUACUUAAAUAUUACGAAA